AUGGAAGCCACUAAUUUUAUUGUCAAUGUUACAAUAUUAUUUCUGUUCUUUCAAACAUAUGGCGCAAGCAGCAGCAACACCAUGAUUAAAGCUUCCUCAAAUGUUACAUGUAUCCAAAGAGAGCGGCAAACACUUCUUUUAUUCAUAAAAGGCUUCACGAACCAACCAGAAUGGCUGUCACCAUGGACCGGAUUAGAAUGUUGUGGGUGGCUGGGAGUUGCGUGUGACAAUAGAACUGGUCAUGUCGUCUCACUUGAUCUCUCUUCCAAUGGUAUCAACUCCACCAUCCCCGUUUGGUUAUCAAACCUUACUCGCCUCGUGCAUCUAAACCUUCGCUAUAACAGCUUCCAUGGGGGAAUACCAGAUUCUAUUGGAACCUUGAGCUCUCUUUCUUACAUGGACCUUUCAGAUAAUCAAUUGUCUGGUCCUAUUCCUGAUUCAAUUGGAAACUUGAGCUCUCUUUCUUCCAUCCACCUUUCAUCAAACCAAUUGUCUGGUCCAAUACCUCCCUCACUUGGUGCUCUAUCAUCUCUAACAGACCUCUUUCUUUCCUUUAAUCAAUUGAGUGGGAGCAUACCUGAAAGCAUUGGACUACUCACCAGCCUACAAUGGCUCGAUCUUUUCCAUAAUCAAUUGAGUGGGAACAUUCCCACUAGUCUUGGUCAGCUUUCAAACCUCGAACUCCUUUAUCUUGAUAGUAAUAAAUUGAGUGCGGUUGUUUCUGAAAUUCACUUCACCAAACUCUACAAUCUAACCGACUUGUGGUUGUCUGAUAAUACAUUGAUAAUACAUUGA